CAUAAUUUUUGAAUUAAUAUAAGUCCAGGACAAAGGUGAAGGACGCCAGCGACGAUGAAGACGGAUUUCAAGUUCUCCAACUUGCUGGGGACGGUGUAUCGCAAAGGCAACCUAGUCUUUACGCCGGAUGGCACCUGCUUGCUCUCCCCAGUGGGCAACAGAGUCACGGUGUUCGACCUAGUACAUAACACCUCAUAUACGCUCCCGUUUACUCACCGCACCAACAUCGCACGUCUAGACCUCUCGCCAAGAGGAAAUCUGCUGCUCACCGUCGACGAGAAUGGCCGUGCGAUCCUGACCAACUUCCACCGCAGAAUUGCGAUCCACCAUUUCACCUUCAAGAACCCAGUCUCGGCUCUUGCAUUCUCUCCCUCAGGCCGCCACUUUGCAGUGGGAGUCGGGCGUCGCUUGCAGAUAUGGCACACUCCCUCCACGCCGGGAGCGGAUUCAAACGGGGAGUUGGAGUUCGCCCCAUUCGUCCUUCACCGUGAUCUCGCAGGACACUUUGACACGAUACAGAGUGUAGAAUGGUCGAGUGACUCGCGGUUCUUGCUCACGGCAUCCAAAGAUUUGACCGCGCGGGUCUGGAGUUUGGAUCCAGAGGAUGGUUUCGAGCCGACCACUUUGGCGGGCCACAGACAGGGUGUGAAGGCAGCUUAUUUCUCAGCAGACCAGGAGUCUAUCUAUACGGUCAGCCAGGAUGGAGCCUUGUUCCAGUGGCAAUAUGUCCGCAAGAUUGACCGUGACACCAUGGAAGAGGACGAGGAUUCGGAGGCACGCUGGCGUAUCGUGAAGAAAGACUUCUUUAUGCAGAAUGAUGCGAAGGUCAACUGUGCGGCUUUCCAUGCGAAGUCGAAUCUUCUGGUGGUCGGAUUCUCAAAUGGUCUCUUUGGCCUCUACGAACUUCCAGACUUCAACAACAUUCACAUGCUAAGUGUCUCUCAAAGUAAUAUCGACAACGUCACGAUCAACAAGUCCGGCGAAUGGCUGGCUUUCGGAUCCUCGAAGAAUGGUCAGUUGCUUGUCUGGGAGUGGCAAUCAGAGUCCUACAUCCUUAAGCAACAGGGCCAUUUGGAUUCGAUGAACGCUUUGGUAUAUUCCCCGGAUGGCCAGAAGAUCAUCACAACAGCCGAUGAUGGGAAGAUCAAGGUGUGGGAUGUGAAGUCCGGGUUCUGUAUCGUCACGUUCACCGAGCACACUAGCGGAGUGACGGCCUGCGAAUUCUCCAAACGUGGAAAUGUGCUGUUCACUUCGUCUUUGGAUGGUUCCGUCAGAGCCUGGGAUAUGAUCCGCUACCGAAAUUUCCGCACUUUUACCGCUCCUUCGCGGCUGUCGUUUUCUUCCCUCGCGGUCGACCCCAGCGGCGAGGUUGUCUGUGCCGGCUCUGUCGAUUCGUUCGAUAUCCAUAUAUGGUCCGUCCAGACCGGUCAGCUGCUUGAUCAGCUCUCGGGACACGAAGGCCCAGUGGUGUCAAUGGCAUUCUCUGCUGAUGGGAGCAACCUGGUCAGUGGAAGCUGGGAUCAUACAGUGAGAAUCUGGAACAUCUUCGGAAGGAGUCAAAUCAGUGAGCCUUUGCCGCUCAUGUCCGACGUUCUGAGUGUGGCUUUCCGCCCAGAUGGGAAGCAAGUCGCUGCAUCCACUCUAGAUGGACAACUCUCGUUCUGGAUAGUGGAGACCACUACUCAAGAAGGUAUCAUUGAUGGCCGUCGCGAUGUCUCCGGUGGCCGUAAGAUAUCCGAUCGACGGACCGCCGCCAACUCUGCCGGGACAAAGUCAUUCAAUAAGAUCGUUUACAGCGCAGAUGGAAGUUGUCUCUUGGCAGGAGGAAACAGCAAGUACAUCUGUCUAUAUGAUGUGGGAACGGGUUCCUUGUUGAAGAAGUUCACCGUGUCCGUUAACACGUCUCUUGACGGCACCCAGGAGGUGCUUAACAGUCGCGAUAUGACGGAAGCUGGGCCCCGUGGCCUGAUAGAUGAGACUGGUGAAGCUUCCGACCUGGAAGAUCGCAUCGACCGCACGUUGCCUGGUGUCAAGCGUGGCGAUGCUGCAGCUCGCACUACGAGGCCCGAUGUCCGUGUAACAGGAGUUGCUUUCUCCCCUGCAGGACGAUCAUUCUGCGCUGCUUCUACGGAAGGCCUUCUCGUCUACAGUCUCGAUACCCAGUUUGUUUUCGACCCCUUCGACCUCGAUAUUGAUAUCACUCCUUCCACUAUUCUUGCUACGCUCGACGCCGCCAAGCAAGCCUCUGCGUCGUCCACCCCCGAUGAAGAGUCCUCUUUCCUGAAGGCUCUGGUCAUGGCAUUCCGACUGAACGAGGCCUCCCUCAUUCGCGCAGUGUAUGAGGGGAUACCCCACACGGACAUUCCUCAUGUUGUCCGCUCACUCCCGACGGUCUACAUCCCCCGCCUCCUUCGCUUUGUUGCCAACUUUGCGGAAGAGACCCCUCAUCUGGAGUUCAACCUGCUUUGGAUCGAAUCUCUUCUCAGUAUCCAUGGCAGAUAUCUGAAGGAUAACACGGGCACAUUUGCAACCGAACUCCGUGCCGUCCAGCGGGUCGUUGAUGACAUUCAAGACAACAUCAAACGCAUGACCGAGCGGAAUCUUUAUGAACUGGACUAUCUACUGGCAAAGCCUGUCUUGGCAGGAAAGAAACCCGCGAAUGGCGUGGUGAAGAUCAUCGACGACAGCGAACCCGUCGCUAAUGGUGUGGACGAGCACAUGGAUGAUGCUGACGGAGCAGAUGGCGACGAAGGCGAUUGGAUUGGUCUGGAAUAAAUGACGGGUUAUUCCUCCUUUGUGUGUAUAUCUACAGCACUUGCAUCUGCGUCUGGCGUUGUUAUCUUUCUUUGUUAUCAUAUACCUGGUUAGGAAAAGGAUUAGAAAAAGUUAUGUUGUCAAUAUUAUGGAUGCAUGAAUUCAUAGAGUGCAUCAUCAUCUUUUUGAUAUUCAAUUGAAUCGAGUUCGUUGCUCCACUUGAUGAUUUAGAUAUGUUCGAACUUCGUGCUAUUUCGUGGCAGCCUUAUCCAAUACGAGGAAUGCG